AUGAGAAGACGGCGUGGCCCGCUGCCCAAGCUCCGCUUUACGCCUUGGAAUCGGAGCCCACCCGAGACAGCGGGGUUGUCGAACUUCACGUGCUCCGCAGAGCCGGCACCACGAGCCAUCGACGCCGUCAACGCGCUCCAGCACCCCAGCAUCUUCCAGUUAUUGAACAAAAGACCGGAUCCGCCGUCUUCAAGAUCCGGAAAGGGAGAACCGCGAAUGCCUGAUCCGGGGAUCGACGGAAGCGAGGAAGAGAGGCCGUCGACGCUGGCGCUCCGCAGAGCCCCACCGCCAGAGGAGGAGACUGCCCCCUUCCGAGCCCGGCCCGGCCGCGCCACCACCUCCAGAGCGCCACCGGCGGGAAGCCCAACUACGCCUACGCUAUAUACACGCCGCGGAUCAGGAUUCCCCCGUCCUCCCGCCGUCGAAACGGCAGUCGGAGGGCAAGGAAAUCGCCGACCCGGCGGCGGCGAGGUGGCACGGUCGGAGUCGCCCAAGAAAUCGCCUCUCUCGAACAGUGACGGGAGAGGAUAA